AUGGAUCAAUUGCGGUUUGAUGGAAGAGUUGCUAUUGUUACCGGUGCUGGAGGUGGAUUAGGCAAGGCUUAUGCGUUACUAUUGGCGUCAAGAGGAGCUAAAGUUGUGAUCAAUGAUCUUGGUGGCGGCAGAGAUGGGAGUGGCAAGUCAACAUUUGCAGAUAAUGUUGUUCAGGAAAUCAAGAGCAAAGGUGGCAUAGCUGUGGCCGAUUACCACUCUGUUGUUGAGGGAGAGAAAAUUAUAAAAACAGCUAUUGAUAACUUUGGACGUAUUGAUAUCCUUAUCAAUAAUGCGGGUAUCCUCCGAGAUAAGAGCUUUGGAAAAAUGACAGAACAGGACUGGGAUCUUGUUCAUGCUGUACAUUUGAAAGGUGCAUUUAAAACCACACAAGCAGCCUGGGAGAUCUUCAGGAAACAGAAAUAUGGUCGGGUGGUAAUGACAUCCAGUAAUGCUGGAUUGUUUGGAAACUUUGGCCAAGCCAACUACAGUGCAGCGAAAAUGGGUCUGGUCGGUUUAGCUAAUACUCUAGCAAUUGAGGGUGCCAAGUAUAAUAUCAAAGUGAACACAAUUGUACCAACAGCCGCCUCUCGUCUCACCGAAGACAUUUUGCCUCCUGAAAUGUUCCAGGCCAUGAAACCUGAUCUUAUUGCUCCCGUUGUUGCAUAUAUGGUACAUGAAUCGUUCCCUGACAGUGGUAUUAUUAUCGAUUCCACUUUGGGAUACGCCACAAAAACGCAUUUAGUGCGGUCAAGUGGCACUCCUCUCAGAAAAAAACCUACGGAUCUUGUUACAAUUGAGACUGUAAAAGAGGCUUGGCCUCAGGUAGUUAACAUGAAAAAUGCAUAUCACCUGGAUAAGAUAGCUGAGGUCACUGUGGAUUUAGUGGAGAAACUCCAGGACUUUGAAGAACAAAGUAGAUUGGAUAGUGAGAAAGAAGCCUACUGGAGUACUUACACAUACAAUUCUAAGGAUUUGGUGCUGUAUGCACUUGGGAUUGGAGCUUCGGUUGUUAACCCUACAGAUUUAAAGUUUUUGUAUGAGAGCCAUGAAAAUUUCGUUGCUCUUCCUACUUUUUUCAUCCUGCCAGGAAUGGUCAUGGAAUCGCCUGUUGUUGGCAAGUCGAUGCCGCCAGGGAAGCACGCGGAUUUCACUAAUAUUUUGCAUGGAGAGCAAUACAUUGAAUUCUUGGGAGAUUUCCCGGGCACUGAUGGCCAGUUCACGGUGCGCAAUUACGUAGUCGAUAUUUUGGACAAGGGAUCGAGCGCAGUAGCGAUUGUUAAUAGUGAAAUAUUCCAAAACAAAAGUUUGGUGUUCCGUACGCAACAGCACAUAUUCGUUCUGGGCCAGGGCGGCUUUGGUGGACCGCGUAACAGUUCUAAGUCCGUUAAUGUUUUACCUGCGCCUAAAAGAUCACCAGACGCGAUUGUGGAACAACGAACCAGCGAAGAUCAAGCGGCUCUUUACAGGUUGUCCGGUGAUUUAAACCCACUUCACAUCGACCCGAACGUCGCAACGGCCGCUGGACAUUCCAAACCCAUUCUGCACGGAUUGGCCUCACUUGGAUUUUCUACACGACACGUUCUUGCUAAAUACGGCGGCAACGAUCCAUCUAACGUCAAAGCUGUUAAGGCACGUUUCGCAAAACCAGUUCUCCCGGGGCAGACACUAAUUACAGAAAUGUGGGUUGAGGGAAGUCGAGUUCACUUCCAGACUAAGAUCAAAGAAACAGGCAAUGUUGUCAUCUCAGGCGCCUACGUAGACAUGAAGAAAAUAAUUAAAAGCGAUAGUGCUACAUCAACACCCAAUCAAGAGUCCGCACCAUCAGGCGCCAUGAAGAGUGAUGGGCUUUUUGUUAAAAUCAGUGAACAGGUCAAGGCCAAUCCAGCUCAAGCCAAGUCAGUUGGAGCUGUUUACCUUUACAAUAUCACAGAAAAUGGAAAGACUGUUAAACAAUGGACUUUAGAUUUAAAAUCUGGCUUGGUCUAUGAAGGUCAACCAAAGAGUGGUGGCAAAGCAGAUACAACAAUGACAGUAUCAGACGGUGAUCUUAUUGAAAUUGCUUCAGGAACUCUAAAUCCUCAAACUGCAUAUUUGAAGGGUAAACUCAAGAUUUCAGGCAAUUUAAUGCUUGCUCAGAAACUUGGUCCUUUGUUGAAAUCGGGUUCUAAGAUAUAA